UUUUUCAUUUUCUUACAAUUUAAUUGUCUUUUUUCUUAACUACUACAAUUAAUAUUUUCCAUAUAAAAUAAUCGUAUACAUGAACCGGGUGUCCAUUGUUAUUUUUUGGCCUUUUGGGAAAAUUAUAAAGAAGAAAUAUCUUGGAAACAUCAAUAGAGAUCAUAGCCAGCUAAGCAAGCACCUAUAAAUAAACACAAACACAACACAAGUAACGGCGAGAAGAAAGAAAAACAAAUUAGAUCACCACAAGCUCUUCAACAAUGGCAAACGUUUUCCUCAUCAAUAGCAGAAACAGAAGAUCAAUGCGAACAACAACAGAGUCAAAACCCAAGAAUAUUACGGUAAAGAGAUCAGAUUCAUCUUCAGACUUCAACUACUCAUGCAAGAAACAUCCUAAGCAAAGACAAUCUCCUGGAAUAUGUUCCCUUUGUCUCAACGAGAGUCUCUCCAAGUUGUCUAGUGAUUUCUAUGACUUAAGUUCAAGCAUGAACUCCUCUUCUUUGGCUAAAACGAUGUCGUCUUGCUCCUCCGCCUCUUCAGAAUCAGAAUCAGAUUAUUCUUCGACGGCUAUAUCUUCUUAUUACUCUUCUGUCUCCUCUUGUUUAUCUCCUCUGCAACAUAGAUACAGUGAGAUCGUUGUUAAUAAGAAGAAAAAGAAGCAUGUCAAAAAACAAAGCUUCCUCUCUAGAUUAUUUCUGUAAUUAUUUACCACAUUUUUGUAUAUAUCCAUUUGUUUUUCUCACUUUUUUCACCCCUUGAAAACAGUAAAAAAUCUUGAGCAAGAAAAAGAUACAGAGUAAAAGUAAUAAUCACAAGAUGAUAAGAA